GUAACUAUUUUGAACAUAUCCUCCGAAAGAUAAAUUGUUCCUAUGCAACACACAAUAAACAUUAUUAACCUGGAAAACGUCACUGCGAAAUAAUGCGCCUGUCAAAAGUCGUUAUUCGAAAGGAUUGCAUUAGUUUAGAAUCGGUAUCAGGAUUAGUGCGGUACAAGUUGUGACACGAUUAAAAGAAUAUCCUAUUUUAAUUGCUAACUAGAUAUGGAGGUUACAGGACAAGGUACGUAGGUAUAAAUAAUAAUAAUUUUAUCUGAUUAAAUUGUAGUUUACACAUUUGAUAUGUCUUAGAAAAUGAUAUGUACAAUUUUGUAGAAAUUUUCAAGUUGUCAAACUUUAACGAAGCUUUAAAAAAAAACAUUAAAUAUCAUAUCCCAGAUUUUAUGUUUUCUUGUAAAUAUAUUCAUAAACUUUUAGAUUUUAAGUUGUUUUUCUGCUUCUAUGUGCAUCCAAAUUAUUUAUGAUUUUUUUUUUCAUAGUCCGCUCUAUCAAAAAUGCCGACCUGGUUGAUAUAUGCCUAACCAGUCGAAAAUCUAGCCAAACACAUGUUGUUUUCGAGAAAAUUUGUUCACUUUGGGGUUUAACGGAGACAUCUGCCAGAAUUCAGAAGGAAAUAAUGUCUGUUAGCAGACUGUAUUGUUUAAAUUUAAAUCGAAAAUGGAAGAAUUCGUCGCGGGCCCGGCAUCGCUUUGAGGUCAAUAAUGAAACUUGGCUGCAGCAAGAAAUUAAGUUUCCAAAAUGCAUUCAAGAGAAGAAACACAAUAUUGAUGUAAAUUGUUCUGGUCAAAGUCGUGGUGCAGGAAGACCAAGAAAGCCGUUUUUAGAAGUUUCAAACAAAACGAAAAAAAGGCGCGUCCAGGAGCUGUCAACUAGCUGGACAUCAGAUGAAUUACAGUUUGCUGCACAGACCAGCAACGGAUUUUCAAAACCAAAUGAGUCGUCAUCACUUUCUCCACAUCAAGCGUUAGCUCUGUCGUUAGAUUUAGGGUUAUCAGAGAGAAAAUAUAAGUUAUUAAGGUCGAUGAUGAACGGGGUGCACCAGAACUGUUUGCCUAGUCUGUAUGCUGUCAAUCAAGCUAGGAAUAUUCUGCUGCCAUCAAUAAUUAAUGUAACAGAAACUUCUGCUGAGGUCGAUUUGCAAGUGCUUCUUAACUUAACAUCUAAAAGUAUAAUAGAAUUAAUAAAUUUAAAUGAAAACAAGGAACUUAAGCUCAUUUGCAAAUGGGGCUUUGAUGGCAGCUCUGGCCAUAGCCAAUAUAAACAAGGUUUCACCGAUGCGUUAUGUACUGAUGAAUACUUGUUUCUAGUUGCUAUGGUUCCUAUACGGUUAUUAGACAAAAAUAAUGGAAAACAGUUGUGGAUCAAUCCCCGUCCAUCUUCGACUCACUAUUGUAGACCGAUAAAAUUUAUGUUUAAAAAAGAAAACGCAACACUAGUACGUGACGAGGAGAACGACAUGAACAAUAAAAUUAACCAACUCUGUGGAUUUAAAGUACAAACCAAAAAUGGCAACAUAUGUCAAGUUAGUUUCGAAAUGUUGUUCACAAUGAUGGAUGGCAGUGUGAGCAAUGUUCUGUCUAAUACUAAUGCCACAUCUAAAUGCAUUAUUUGUGGAGCAAGUCCCAAGGAUAUGAACUCUGAAUAUGUAGUCGAUCGUCCAUCAAAAGUAGAGAACUACCGUUUUGGCUUGUCUACCCUUCAUUGUUGGAUCAGGUUUUUUGAAUGUCUGCUUCAUAUCGGUUAUAGGCUACCAGUUAAGACAUGGCAAAUCAGGGGAAAUGAAAACAAAGAAAUCGUUGAAAACAAUAAAAAAAGAAUUCAGGCAGAGUUUAAAUCCAAACUGGGUCUUCUAGUAGACAAGCCAAAGCCAGGGUAUGGCUCUACUAAUGAUGGCAAUACGGCAAGAGUAUUUUUUUACAACCCUGAUUUAAGUUCUGAGAUUACAGGGGUAGACAAAGGUCUAAUUAAAGAAUUCUCCAUAAUUCUUAGGGUUUUAGCCAGUGGUUCCCAUAUACAUAUGGAUAAAUUUAUGAUGUUGCUACAAGAAACGAGACUGCAUUAUUUAGAGUUAUAUCCUUGGUACUACAUGCCGAGCAGUGUGCAUAAAGUGCUUGUACAUGGCAGUGACAUAAUCGGUUCUUUCUCACUGCCAAUCGGACAGCUUUCAGAGGAUGCUCUAGAAGCUACACACAAGGAAGUCAGAAAAAAUCGAUUACUUCACACUCGCAAAAUUUCUAGAAGUAGUUCAAAUUUAGAUUUAUUAAGAUACCUUUUGUUAGCAUCCGAACCUCUAAUUUCGUCUUUACGGAAAGUGGUGACUAAGAAAAGUGUCAGACUAGAUAAAGAUGUUGAAAAAUAUUUGGUAAAUGAAAUAACUGAUACUGAUAAGGAAAAUAUGCCACAUUUCGAAGACAUAAAUUUAGAAAAUAUUGUUGAUAGUUCCUCAGAUUCAGAUUAG